AUGCCCUCACACGGCCCAAGUUCUAGGCGGUGGUCUCGGGCGCUGGAAUGCGCCGCGGCGAGGCCAUACAGGCCAUACACGACAACCCAUUCCAACGACCACCCCUCGGUGGCGGCGCACGCUCUCUCGCCAUGGGGCCCGGCCACGCCAGGAGCUGCGAACCUGGACCGGGUCUUUUUUGAUUCGGAUCAAUUUCGCGAUCGGCUGAGGCGCGAGGAGCGGAACAUUCCCCUUCCCCCCUUCGCCCUCUCCGUUUCUCCCUACCACCUACGAGCCGCCUCCCUCUCGUCUCUCCAGUUCACACCACACACCGACCCUUACACAAAAGAGACCGGAAAGAAAAGGAGGACCAAUCAGCAAAACCUCCAAGCAUACAACAUCACCAACAUCAUCCCGGCGAAAGGCCUCGCGUGA